AAACCAGGUUGAGAUGCAGCGCGCGGGUCGCUCGAAGCGGGAAACAGAAAGAUGUCUGCACAGUGCUCGACAGAAGGCGGAUUCAUGCCGGUUCUGGAGAUUCUGCGCUCCUUAUAUCCAGUCGUGCAGACUCUGGAGAAGUUCACCGACGGGCUGCAGUUCUCUGACGGCCGAAAACCGGUUCUGCUGGAGGAAACAGACGGAGCGCGCUUUAAAAUGCUCCUCAGAGGACUGAUUGUGUGCGCGUUCACGCCACCGCAGCUGCACGUCCCCGCCCAGCUCAGCACCCUGCCGGAGGUGUUGGCGUUCACUCUGAACCACAUUAAACGUAAGAAACUGAGGAACGUCCUGGGCUUCGGUUAUCAAUGCAGCGACGUGACGACCAGUUCAGAUCCCUUCCGUUUCCAUGGCGACGUUUCGCAGACGGCCGCCUCCAUCAGCACCAGCGAAGUCUGGAAGCGCAUCAACCAGCGCCUGGGCACGGAGGUCACACGGUAUCUGCUGCAGGACUGCGCCGUUUUCACCACCGUCCCGCCGUCGUGCCUUCUGCAGGUGUGCGGAGAACCUGUUUACGACUUUCUGAUGCCGCGCAUGUGGUCCGGCUUUUUCCUCAGUAGCUCGUAUAAUAAACGAGUAUGCGGAACGAUGCGGAAAUCUCCCGCUGUUCAGAAGACAGUCGCAAUUUCGAAAAAGAGAACAAGAGAUAACGGAAAAUAUGUAACGUUAAAGCGGCGGAGGGUGGAGGAAACUGACGAAGUGGCGGAUAUUCAUAACGAAAAUCACGGAUCUCGGAGUUUCGCAGUUUCAAAAAAGAGAGCGAGAGAUAACGAAGAAGACAUUUCAUUAAAGCGGCAGAGGGUGGAGGCAACUGACGAAGUGACGAAAAUACGUAACGAAAAUCACGGAUCUCAGAGUUGGAAACCCGCAGAUCAGCGUCCUCCUCGACCCUCGCAAUGUUCGAUACACGUUCUGAGCAUGCUGUAUAAUGGGCGGGGCAUGAAGAACUUCCUGCUCAACAGAAAAUUGAAAGGAGUGGGCGGAGCCAGGCGCAUGCAAGGGGCAGAUCUUGUUCGCAUGAUUUUCCUCCAAUCAGAAUCCAAUGACAGGAAACCUAAGAAACUUCCCAAGAGAUUCUUCGCAAUGGUGCCGCUAUUCAGUCGGCUUUUGCGGCAGCACAGGAAGUGCCCGUACCGGCUGUUCCUGCAGAGGAAGUGCGCAGGAAAUCCAAACACGGAGGAUAUGGAGUCUCUGCUGAAGUCGCACUCAUCUCCGUAUAGAGUGUAUCUGUUCGUCAGGGAGUGUCUGCGCUAUAUUGUUCCCCACGAGCUCUGGGGCUGCCAGGAAAACCAGCUCCACUUCCUGUCCAAUGUGAAGAAAUUCCUGCUUCUGGGGAAGUUUGAGAGCCUCACACUGGUCCAGCUGAUGUGGAGGAUGAAAGUUCAGGCCUGCCAUUGGCUGGGGCCCAAGAAACGUCAGUGUGCGAGCGAGCACCGCUACCGUGAGUGGAUGUUGGGUCAGUGUAUGGGCUGGAUGUUGAGUGGUUUAGUGGUCGGUCUGGUCAGAGCUCAGUUCUACAUCACGGAGAGUAUGGGCCACAAACACACACUGCGCUUCUACAGGGGAGACGUCUGGAGCAGACUGCAGGACCAGGCCUUCAGGGCUCAUCUGUGUAAGGGCCAGUGGAGGCCCCUGUCUCCAUCACAGGCGCUGAAGGUCCCCAAUAGCGCAGUGACGUCCCGGAUUCGCUUCAUCCCUAAAACCAGUGGCAUGAGGCCCAUCACACGCCUCAACGGCAGCAGAGACACACUACAGCAUUUCCAGAGCUGUGUGCGUGUGCUGCAGAAUGUGUUGGGUGUGUGUGUGCGUGAGGCCCCGGGGCCCGUGGGCUCCACCGUCUGGGGUUGGCAGGACAUUCACAGACGCCUCCGAGACUUCAGUCCUCAGCAGAAGAGCUCGCCGCGGCCGCUCUACUUCGUCAAGGUGGAUGUGAGCGGAGCGUAUGACAGUCUCCCGCACCUGAAGCUGGUGGAGGUGCUGAAUGAAGUGUUGAGUCCGUUUGCAGAGCAGAGCUUCUUCCUGCGGCAGUACAGCAGUGUGUGGAGCGACCCGACCCGUGGCCUGCGCAAACGCUUCUGCACCAAAGCUGAGAUGUCGGAGCCGCUCAACAUGAAGGGGUUUGUUGUGGAUGAACAGGCCAGCGGGCGCCUGUAUGACGCUAUAUUGGUGGAACGGCACUCGUCUGAGGUCAGAGGUGGAGACGUCUUCCAGUUCUUCCAGAAGAUGCUCAGCAGUUACGUCAUCCAUUACGACCAGCAGAUGUUCCGGCAGGUGUGUGGGAUCCCGCAGGGCUCUUCAGUGUCAGCUCUGCUGUGUAAUCUGUGUUACGGACACAUGGAGAAAGCCCUGCUGAAGGGCAUCGCUAAAGGAGGGUGUCUGAUGAGGCUGGUUGAUGAUUUUUUGCUCAUUACUCCUCAUCUGAGUAAAGCUACUGAGUUUCUGACCACUCUUCUGUCUGGUGUUCCAGAUUACGGUUGCCAGAUUAACCCUCAGAAGGUGGCCGUGAACUUCCCGGUGUGUGUGUCCUGGCUGCACUCGGGCGUCUCCGUGCUGCCGUCCAGCUGCCUGUUCCCCUGGUGCGGCCUAAUGAUACACACACACACACUGGACGUCUAUAAAGACUACUCACGGUAUGACGGCCUAUCACUGCGCUACAGCCUGACUCUAGGCUCCGCCCACUCUCCAUCUACGGUCAUGAAGAAGCUGCUAUCGGUGCUCAGCAUUAAAUGCACAGACAUCUUCCUGGACCUCAGGCUGAACUCUGUGGAGGCCGUUUACAGGAGUCUGUAUAAGCUGAUUCUGCUGCAGGCGCUCAGGUUUCAUGCGUGUGUGAGGAGUCUGCCGUUGGGUCAGUGUGUGAACAGAAACCGGUCGUUCUUCCUGAAGAUGAUCUGGAGAAUGACUCGAGUCACCAACAAACUCCUCACACACAUUAACAAAGGUCUGCCUGUGUGUUCUGUGGACAGUGGUGGUGUUCUGCAGUCUGAAGCGGUUCAGCUUUUAUUCUGUUUGGCCUUCGAGACGGUUUUCAGACGGUUUCGCUCAGUUUACCACUGCCUGAUUCCUGCACUGCACAAACGAAAGCGUGCUCUUCAGCGUGAGCUCUGCGGUAUUUCUCUGGCUCGGGUCCGUCAAGCUUCCUCUCCCAGAAUCCCUCUGGAUUUCAGCAACAUGCGUGUGUAAAAAAAACCGUCACGCGACACAACAGUAAACACUGAUCCAGGAACAGUUUCCUUUUACUGUCUGACAGCUGACUAAACACAUCUGCACUGCUCAUAAACACAUGAUGGCUGACUGUAAAACACACACACAC